AUAUUCUAACCAGUCAAGGAACUCAUCUUAGUAUAUGGGCUGUAUCAACAUUGCCAAGGUGACAAGGAACCUCAGAUGGAACACCUUCACCUCCAAGGAAGAAGCACUGGCCUACAUCAAGGAUGUCUGCAUCCCCCACCCUUGGCGCCGAUCCAUAUGCAUUGACGACCAUUUCAUCGGGUUUGUGUCAAUCUUCCCGGCAUCCGGUAACGACAGGUGUAGAGCUGAUAUAGGGUAUGGCUUGGCUGUGAAUUACUGGGGACAUGGGAUUGCCACAGAAGCAGUGAAAAUUGCAGUGUCUCAGGUUUUUGUGGACCUCCUUGAAGUGUUGAGGCUUCAAGCUUAUGUAAACGUGGAAAUGAGGCAUCUCAAAAGGUUUUAGAGAAAGUCGGGUUUCAAAAGGAAGGGCUCUUGAGGAAAUAUUCUUGUUUAAAGGGAAAAUUGCAAGAUUUGUUGGUUUAUAGUUUCCUAUCAACAGAUUCCCCAGCUGAAUAGGUUUUUGUUGGGUUACUUUUUUUUUUAAAAAAAAAUUAUAUCUAAAAGUUAAUUACUUGAUAUUAUAAAAGUUUUUAAACAUU